AAAUACGGAUUCAUGUUUUUAAUUUUCAUUGAAGCACAAUUUGUUUUAUGACAAGUUCACUUCAUUAUCUGAAAUCCUUUAAAUCCUAAGAGUAAAAAUUCAAGGUGUCAACAGGUUGUGGGCGCCUCCUGCACCAGGCAUAGAGUCAUUUUUCUUCAAGCUAAUUCUUAUCUCACACUUACUCACUAUACUUGCAUUCAUUUCUAUUUGUACUCGGUAUCUUUAAUGUGUUAUCUUAUCUAUCUAUCUAUCUAUCUAUCUAUCUAUCUAUCUAUCUAUCUAUCUAUCUAUCUAUCUCUCUAUCUAUCUAUCUAUCUAUCUAUCUAUCUAUCUACUCACAAAGUUAGUGUUAAGAAUGAGGCCUAUCGGUUAGGAGUGAAUUUGAUCUUGAAUUCAUGAAACAAGGAAUUAUUUUCUGAGUUCUGAGUCUGUAUCUCUGUACAACGUAUAGGACCCGGAGCAAGGAUGAAUUCUUUCCAAGUUCUUAUUCUUCUCCUAACUUCUCAAAGUGAAUUUGUAUCGGGAGAACGAAGUUUUAGAAUGGUAAAUUCAACCCUAACUCAGGUUUACGAGAUCGGAGCUGUCGGAGAGCUAUCCUGCUCCAGUUCUUCAGGUUGGGAGCUCUGUAGUUGGAGACGAACAGGGGACAAAAAUUGGUGUCACUUGUUGCAUUCUUCCUCAGAAUCUGUGUAUUGUGUUGCUGAUCCUCGUGUUCAAUUUCAGAAGAGUGACGGGUUCGUGUGCAGGAUCAAGAUCUACGGUAUCCAGGAACAGGACGCAGGUUCAUGGAUCUGCAGUCUCAAGGAGGAGGCUCAGGGUCUUCAGUUUCCUCUUCAAACCAUCAUUAAUAUAGAUGUACUUGAUAUCCACAUUACAAGUGGGGUCAUUUCUCCGUUUAAUGUGAAGCUUCAUUCGGAGCAGGUUUCCGGAGACAUCUUCCUAGUCUGUCAAGCACACGGAGAAGGAACUAUUACUCCGGAGAUUAUUUGGUUCGUUAACUCAAUCCAGGUUGAUUCUGAGUAUCCAAAUACUUUUCUACCAGCGGAAAAUACAAUUAUUGAAAGUAAACUGAACCAAACACAAUUUUUACCCGGAGAUAUUGUCAGAUGUCUUCUUCGACAAACUAAUCCUUGGACAGGGAAAGUCGUCUUCGAAAGUGCAGAAACUGCAGUUAUAAAGGAUUUAAGGGUGAAUACCUUUUCCUAUGUUGAAGCUUUAGAAACCUCUGCAGGGUUUAUAGUUCUCGGACUAGUUCUUUUCCUGGCUCUUCUUAUCCUUGUGGUUCUAUUAGUAAGGAAUUCUCUGAAUUCUGGUACCUCCGGGAGCUAUAAGAUCCAAGAGGAGAAGGUCGUAUUUUCUCCAAGUGGUCUAAAACCAGAGGACAAGAUUACGGAAGAGAGUAAUCUUCUAGCUAUAACUACUCAGGGAGAGGAUAAGUAUGUUAGGCUGGUAAAGUUGGACACACAGAGCCCUCUAUUAUUAUACAAAGGCUUAAAGAAUUCAGAAUUACUUAAAAAUGGAGAAAAUCGAGAUUUAAAUGCUCAAUCUGGAACACAAACCAAAAACGGUUCUCUUGCUCCUACAAGAUCUACCAGUUCUCCAAACUUUGCAAGAAUUAACAGAUUUCCAGUUCCUAUAAAUAUUAACGGUUCCUCGGUUUCUAAGAGAUCUAACGAUUCUCCUAUACCGUUUAUAGGAGAUAACUCUCCAAGAUCCAACCUAUCCGUAGCUUCUUCCUUAAUAAGUCAAUCUUAUGCGUAUCCAAUACCUAUUAGAGAAACGGAUUCUCCGGAGUCAUUAAGAUAUAUUCCUCAGGGUCCUUCUAGAGUAGGAGGUUUGAAUAGUAAUUAUUUGCAUUCUAUUCAUCCGUCAGAAUUUCCACUUCCCUAUUAUCCGCCGUCUCCGGAGUUUCAAAACUUUCAUCCAGGUUUUGUUCCUGGGACUUAUUCUCCGGUUUAUCUCUAUCCUACUCACGGAGCUUUAACGUCCUCUCCAAUACAUCCUCUGAACACUCUUCAACAAUAUCCUAGAGAAGCAGAACCUUCUCCACAGUACUCAACCCCUUUACGCCCACAAGAUAUUACUGAAGGUUUAAACGAAAACCCAGAUUUCUCUAAGCUGGGAGAAAACUACAAAAACCCAAGUUUAAGAGAAAAGGAUGAUCUCAUUAAAACUGAACCAAGAACUCAAAUUGGAGAUCAACUAGAUAGUUUAAAAUCAUCUGUUCUUAAUAAGCCUUUUGAUACAACCGGAGAAUUCUCAAUCUAUCCUAAUUCUAACCUAGGAGCUGGAGUACAACUUCAAACUGAACCCGAACCUGAAAACAAAACAGGAAUUAAUUCUUUGAUAGAAACUCAUUUAUAAACAAAUGAAAAUAAACCUAAUUUACAAAUCAUACAUAUAAUAAAAUAUACAACAAACAAAAACUUUUAAAAGUUGGGGC